AUGGAUAGUUCUCAAGAAAAUUUUGAAUUAAAUAUUAAAAAUAAAAUAACUUAUUGUGAAUAUAACGACAACUCGUUUGUAAAAAUAAAACUUUAUCAGCAAUCACUUCACUCUUCACCAAACUUAACAUCCCGUGUCAUUCUAAAUGAAAUAUGGCAAAAGAAUCACGAAUCGCUAGAUAGUAAAACCAUAAAUAAAAUUUUAAAAUCGGCACAAUCUCUCAUACAUACUUCUGAAAAUAUCAAAACUUGGAAAAGCUCGCUGAGUGAGGUAGAUUCAACCACUAUUUUUGAAAAGUCAAUAGCAUGUUGCAAGAGAUGCAAUUUAAAUGAAGCUUACAUAGAUAGAGAGGAAAAAGAAAAUAAGGCUCACAAAAGCAAUGUCGCUAAAAUUACAUUUAAGACGGCAAAAGAGGCACUGCUCGCAUCUAAUCCUGGUGCUAGGAGAACUCUUGGGGCAUCUAGGAAAGCACAAGGAAAAUUUGUGUCGCCCAUGAUUGGUGUUCAAGAAAAGCAGGAAAGAUGUGAUCCAAUCGUAACCGAUGACAGGCUCAAACAUAUAGACCCAAAAAUGAUUGAACUUAUUGAAAGUGAAAUCAUCGACAAUGGAACUCCUGUAGGCUGGGAUGAUAUCGCUGGUCUGGAAAUGGCAAAGUCAGUGAUACAGGAGGCUGUGGCACCGGAAAGACUCUCAUUGGUAAAUGCGUGGCAUGCGCAGUGCAACGCCACCUUCUUCAGCAUCUCCGCAUCUUCGCUCACCUCCAAGUGGCUCGGCGACGGCGAGAAGAUGGUCCGCGCGCUGUUCGCCGUCGCCUCUUGCCACCAGCCGGCCGUGAUAUUCAUCGACGAAAUAGAUUCCCUGCUAACGCAGAGGAGCGACAGCGAACACGAGGCCACGAGGAGGAUCAAAACUGAGUUUCUGGUGCAGUUCGACGGGGCGGCAACUGGCGAAGACGACCGUCUGCUGAUCGUCGGAGCGACCAACCGGCCGCAGGAGCUGGACGAGGCGGCGAGACGUCGCCUAGUCAAGAGGCUGUACAUACCCUUGCCCGAUUCGCAGGCACGUGAACAGAUAAUAACCAACCUGCUCAGGAACGAGACGAAUGAGCUCACACAAGCGGACAUUCAGAGGGUUGCCGGCCUCACUGAGGGCUACUCGGGGGCCGAUAUGAAGUCGCUUUGCUCCGAGGCCGCCAUGGGGCCCAUACGGUCGGUCCCCUUGUCGCAGAUUGUCAGCAUAGGACGGGAUCAGGUCCGUCCCGUGAACGCUCAAGACUUUAUUAAUGCGUUGCAAAGAGUGAAACCCAGCGUAUCGCAAGACGACCUCGGCCAAUACGUCAAAUGGAAUAAAACUUAUGGCCAAGGGUUU